AUGGCGCUUUUAGACGAUUCAGACGAGUUCUCGGCUGCUCUUUGCUUUAUCGACGACCUUCUCAUUGAAUCUGCAGAUGAUGAGGUGAUGCGCGCGGUCGCCCCAGUCGAUCAUCAAAUGCCGUCUGGCGCUCCUAGGGCGUCUCUAACUCCGAUGACUGGACGAGGAGCUACGUUGGUAUUUCAAGCUCGAAAGAAGCGAAAAAGAGAGGAAAAAAACAGUCAACAACCAAGAACUAGGAAGACGCAAAGCUCGUCACGGAAUAGAGCGCGGGACCAGGAGCAGCGGGAGCUUUUAUUGUUGAGGGAACAGGUGGUCGAUUUGCAGCAGAAGCUUGAAGCGCUGCUGGAAAUACGUGGUCCUGCAGUUGUAGCUCCUGGAGAUGUUUUGGCGUCAAUAAGUGCUAGAGAAAAGACAGAGAAAGAGGACAAAGUUGCUGUUGUGUGGAAGGAGAUGGCCGGUCAUCAACUAAAGCAGAGACUGAAGUCUGAGAGAGAGAAUCGACAGCUGAAGGUGGCGAUAGAAGGACAGAUCAAGGUGGUCAAGAGUCUGGAGAAGACGUUACAAACAAAAGCUACCACUAAUGCGAUCGAGAGCUGUUUAGGUGCUGAUCCGAUAUUGAAGCGGAUGCACAUAUCGACACCCGAUCGAUCGGAUGCUGGUGUCUUCGUCGACCUCAUGGCGGGCGUUGACGAAGCUUACAAAGAGGUUGAUGCUGUACUUCGCGACAAUGGACUGGACACUAAAGAGUCGUCAUUUAGUGAUGCCGAGAUGCAUCGAGGAGCCGAUGGAUUUUACAUUCAGAUAUUUGCAAGUAAAGUCUUGCCAUUUGACGUAGUUUCGACAGGGACAGCUGCAUGGCGGUAUUUCUCACGGUCGAUGGAGCAUGUGUCCCCGCGGUUUUUGGAUCACAUGGACCAUCAGGACACGAAGGCAAAAGAUGAUACGAUUGUCGAGAGCUUUGGCAUGGAACUGCAGGCAAAAGGCACUCAGGCGAAUUAUAACGUCAAACAGAUAGUACGGCGAUACGUCGAGGAUGAUCGCGUCGUUGUUGUCUGGCGAUCAUACAUCGAUCCAGUGAGUUUUGCAGGCAAGUCGGUCUGUGGAGCUGAGUUUCAGGAAAAGGGCUAUCUCAUAGUCCGACAACCGCGUACCUCAUCUUCUCAAUUUGCGCUGCUGCAAACAUGCUACUUCAUUUCACCAGCACUUCCCAUGCGGUCUUUGCCAAACGAGUGCUCGAUUACGGGUGAACUCACCGACUUUGUGUUGAGUGGCACGGAGGCCAAUAUUGCUUCGUGUCACCAGACGAUAGAAAACAUCCUAUUUAAUGAGACUGUGAAGACUCGCAAGUGA